GGAAUUCUAGGAAUUUCAGGAAAAAAAAAAAGGCGAAAAGUACUCUCUGAUCAGUACCCGGUCGGUAAAGCUGAUACUUUUACAGUCGAGGAAUCUCAUGAGACUAGUAUCAACGAUGUUUUCCUCGUGUCUUUGUUCGUCGGCGAUUACUAAAACCGCCUCUCCGGUACCGUCUCUGGCCGCCUCCUCCUUUCAACCGCUACGCCGUGCUUUCGUUUCCUUCAGCCACCUUUCAUUUCCCCGGAACUCAGUUUCGUCCGGGAAUCUAAAGUUUUGCACCGUUUGCGCCUCUAAAUCAGAUGUUCAAUCUCACUCUUUUCGUCACGAGGGAGGUGAAUCAUUUUUCAGAGAUGUCUUGACAAGUAUGGAAACAGUUUAUUUAAAUAGAAACCCCACUGCAAAAGCCAUCUUGGAACUUGUCCGUUCUGUUGAUGAUGAACAAAUCUGCUAUGAUCAUCUGGCUUUCAGGACUUUUGGGGUAAAUGGUUAUGGGAUUAAAUCCAUCGCAAGUUUUUUUCUGGACUAUGGGUAUACACAACAGGAGGAACUAAGAUUGCCUGCUAAAAAAUUGAAAGCCUUGUGGUUUUCUCCUCCCCGUAGUUCCUCCCAAAAUGGUGGCAGUGGUGUUAAUGGGCCCUGGCCAAGAGUAUUCAUUUCAGAGCUUCUCGUGGAUCAAAUGAGCCCCAAAACUCAGGAAAUAAUCAGAAAAUACACUGGAAAAGCUGGUAGCGGGAAUAAACAUGCAGCUCUUGCAAGUUCUCUGGGAUCUUUAACAUGGGAGAAGCCCUUGUAUUCUGAAUUUCAACAACUGGCAGGGGAAAGUGAAUAUGCUGCUUGGACCCUUGUCAAUGGCUAUGCACUCAAUCAUGUCACUAUCUCCACUCAUCGGCUGAAAUCUAACUUGAGGAAUAUCAAAAGCCUCAACCACUUCAUCGAACAGAAUGGGUUCAAGUUGAAUUCUGAAGGAGGAGUUCUAAAAGUGAGUCCUGAUGGUCUUCUGAUGCAAAGUUCAACAGUGGCAGAUUCAAUCCCUUUCUGUUUUUCUGACGGUGUCAAUGAGUCUGUUCCCUGUUCAUACAUCGAGUUUGCAGAACGCCUUGUGCUGCCUCAAUAUAAAAACUUGCCUGAGAAUGAGGUUCAAGAGUUCCACAGGCGAGAUGGAUUUGAGGUUGGAAAUGCUGACAAGAUCUUUGAGAGCACCUCCAAAGAGCAGCUUACAAGGAGAGCUUGAUGGGGUGCAUACCAACAUCUUUAUCAGGAUCAUGGCUGGAACUCUGGGUAAAUCUAGCCAGAGGUCCGUGAUAAGUUAGUCUUCUUAUCACAGAUCUAAAUGUAAAUCAACUAGUGUCGUAGUUGUCCAAAGUGCCAAAAAUAAUUGCCUGUAGUAUAAUGAAAGGAGUUAAAGAGCCCAUUUGAGUUUAAACCGUGGCUAUAUCACAAACCAUGAUUCUACAUUCAAUCACUAAUCAUAUGUUAUAGACUUGUUCUAAAUGCCUUCAA